AUGGAUUUUCUUAACUUUUACUUACCCCAGCCGCUCGCUUUGCAGGUCUCGCUACAUCCUGUCCCGACGGGAACGGAAGACGACGUGAGGACCUGGCGGUUCACUCCCAAUGGCGAGUUCACCCUGCGUACGGCCUACGAGCUGACGGAUUCCACGGCGGACCAGAAUCUGAGCCAACCCAUCUGGAAAUCGGUGUGGCGGGCGCCGACGCUGCAAAGAAUUCGAGCUUUCCUUUGGCUCUUGAACCACAACCGGCUGCUGACGAAUGCGGAGAGAGGAAGGAGGCACCUCACGACGACCACCGACUGUAAAAUCUGUGGAGAUGGCCCGGAAACGACGUUGCAUGUCCUCCGGGAUUGUCCAUACGCGCGGGCGACCUGGGCGGAUCUACUGGGAGAGGAGCCCGACUCCAGUUUCUUCGAGCAAGAUAUACACAGGUGGUCCUUGUACUACAUCUCUGAUAAGAGCGAUACCAUUGAUAGCACUCUUUUUGCAGGGACUUGUUGGCUACUGUGGAAGAACCGGAAUGGUUACGUGUUCCGAGGGGAGCUGAAAACCCAUGCACAAAUCCAGUUCCAUGCAAAACAGCUCCGCGACCAAACCAUCCAAGCACUGGAGAAGGAGAAUGUGAUUUUUGGAGGAGGGGGACUCCGGGAACAGCGCCAAAUUGGCUGGCAACCACCGGCGCAGGACUGGGUCUGUGUCAAUACAGAUGGCUCAGUCACCAUUUCUCCAGAGGGCACGAGCUGCGGCGGCAUCAUACGGGGGAGUGAUGGCCGCUUUCUUAAGGCAUUCACUGCGAACCUUGGCGGGGGUUCGAUCACUCGCGCGGAGCUGGCUGGUAUUGUGUAUGGGUUGGAUCUCGCCUGGGAACAGGGAGCCAGGAAGGUAAUUCUACAGACUGACUCGUCCACUGCAAAGAACCUGAUAGACAAGGCGACACCGAGGCACUCUCACUUCACACAGGUCGCGGAGAUCCGACAGAGACUGAAUCGUGAUUGGACAGUUCGGAUUGAGCAUGUGUUCCGCGAAGCUAAUUUCGCCGCGGAUUAUUUGGCUUCUUUGGGCCACUCCCGUUCGAUUGGUGUUCAUACUUUAGAUAGACCGGAUACUAAACUCCUGUACUGGCUGUUCUUUGAUCGUGUGGGGGGUGUAACACCCCGCUUUGUUCGUUCUUAA